AUGGCUUGGAAUACGAUAGAGACGGCGAGAGAAGAGCUGGAUGAGGAUCAGCUCGAAGCACUUAAUGAUCCGAGGGCUGUUGAUACGGUUGACGUAUGUAUUGUUGGUGGUGGUCCCGCAGGUUUAGCAACUGCUAUUCGUCUCAAACAAAUUGACAACGAAAAGGGAGCCGGAGAUUUGAGAGUGAUAUUACUUGAAAAGGGUGCCGACAUGGGUGCCCAUAUACUAUCGGGUGCUGUACUAGAUCCCAAAGCUUUAAACGAGCUUUUUCCUGAAUUACUAGAAGAAAAUGAAAAAAACAUUCCAUUACCUGAUGAUUUAGUCACUUUGGUCAAGGAAGACCAUAUGAAAUUUUUAUUUGCCAACGGUACGUCUAUAAACUUGCCCGAGCCACCACAGAUGAAAAAUGCGGGGAAAAAUUAUAUAGUGAGUUUAUCUGAAGUUGUCAAAUGGAUGUCUGAAAAAGCAGAAGAGCUUGGAGUUGAGAUAUACUCCAACACUGCUGUUAGUGAACUCAUAUUUGAUAGCCAGGGUGGUGUGCGAGGAAUAGCCACGAGGGAUAGUGGUUUGGAAAGAGAUGGUUCAUUGAGUGAUGAUUUCGAAAAGGGUAUGGAAUUUCACGCUAGAAUGACCGUUUUGGCUGAAGGGUGCCAUGGUUCAUUAAGUAAACAGGUAAUUCACAAGUAUGAUUUGAGAAAUGGCGUGAACCCCCAAACUUAUGGUCUAGGUAUCAAGGAAGUCUGGCAAGUUGAACCAGAAAGAUGGAGAGAGGGAUUUGUUUCCCAUUCUAUGGGAUAUCCUUUGAGCAAAGGAGUUUAUGGCGGUGGAUGGAUGUAUCAUUUUGGUGAUGGUCUUGUCAGUGUUGGACUUGUCAUUGGUUUGGAUUACAAAAAUCCAUGGAUCAGCCCUUAUCAGGAAUUCCAGCGUAUGAAGUUGCAUCCAUUCUACAAAGAUGUUUUGACCGGCGGUAAAUGCAUUUCUUAUGGUGCAAGAGCCUUGAAUGAAGGUGGGUGGCAAAGUGUCCCACAGCUACACUUUCCUGGUGGUGUUUUGGUGGGUGCAAGUGCUGGUUUCAUGAACGUUCCGAAGAUCAAAGGUUCACACUGUGCUAUCAAGAGUGGUUCAUUGGCCGCCGAAUGCAUGUAUGACAAAGUUGAAGAAGAAGAAGAUGAUGAAAAUGCUGGUUUGCCCUUACCUGAGUGGAAGGCAAUUGAUCUGAGUGAGUUCCAAACUGCAUACAAGAACUCAUGGAUUCAUGAUGAGCUAUACGAAGUGCGUAAUGUUAGACCAGCUUUCGAUUCUCAACUCGGAUUGCUGGGAGGAUUAGCAGUUGCAGGUCUGGUUACUGGAGUAACCAAAGGUAGGGAACCAUUUACAUUAGAGUUUGAACAUACUGAUUCUGCCGCCGUCGAAGAUGCAAGCAAAUACGAGAAAAUUGAAUAUCCAAAGCCCGACGGUGUCUUGACGUUUGACUUGAUGACAAGUGUCAGCAGAACAGGUACUUUCCAUCGUGAGGGUGAGCGUUGCCACCUCCGUGUCCCAGACAUGGACUUAGACAAGCAUAGGGAGAUUUCUUGGCCGAAAUUUAAGGGUAUUGAACAAAGAUUCUGUCCUGCCGGUGUUUACGAGUAUGUGAAGAAAGACGAAAAUUCCGACGAAGAUGAUGUCGAGUUUAAAAUCAAUUCACAGAACUGUAUCCACUGUAAAACUUGUGAUAUUAAAGUCCCAACGCAAGAUAUUAAUUGGACUGUUCCCGAAGGAGGAGAUGGUCCAAAAUACCAGAUGACAUGA